AUGAUCUUGUUACGAAGACUACAUAGAACUUCACGUCCUAAUAUUCCACUAAGGGGGAAAAGAAAAUCGGGAAGCGAUGAAGAAACGGCAAGUGAUUCAAACGAGGAUCUUGGCCGGAAGCGGUUGCUUUCUAAGGAUCGGGCCAUAUCCGCCCUUUCCCAACCAAACGCUCCUACCCAAACUCCAAACACGAACAACGAUUCUACAAAUAAGCAGUCAACUUCCAAAGCAGCUAGCUUACUGCCAUCAAAGAAGGUUAAGAGUGAUCGGCAGGAGGAUGAGAGGACAAGGAUAAAGAAAAACAACGCUCCAAAAGCUUCCACAGUGCCCUUGCAAUCAAGAUCUUCCGACCGCAGGUGGAAAAAUUCGAAGCGGAGUCGAGAAAUAACACCGAAAGUACCCAAUACUGCGAAAGCCGCCUAUUCAUCACUGCUACCGCCACCCCUAUCGGGAUCGAAUGGCAGUGACGACGAUUCAUUGAGUACAGGCCUAUCAUCGUGGGAAGAAUUUCUUGGCAAAGGGAAAGAGAGUAGUGGCUCUAGGACAACGCCAAUUGUAGGACGUUCGCAAGAGAAGCGAUCUCCUUCAAGAGUGGAAGCAAGGAAGCGUGAGAAGUCGAAGGAGGAGCAGGCUGACGAAAGUGACAACACUGACAAGCAUCGGAAUCUGCCGUCGAUUCUGGAUCUGUUUCCGUCAGCUCUCUCAACAAACCCAAACGAAAGGUCUGCAUCCAGCUCAAAAGUGCUGUCGGAAGACGCAGGGAAAUCGUAUACAUCGCUGGAUGGAGUACUGCCUGUGUCGGAUCUGUUUUAUCGCUCUUCGAUACCGCAAGCGCAACGUAUUGAUGGGUCCGAGCAGGCGACCAAUGCAACUGACGAUGGCGAGGAAAGCCCGUAUCGUAGGGCCGUUUCGCAAACACCCGGCAAGCAAGAAAUGGCCAAAAAGCCGUCUUCCACAAAAAAACGCAGUGGUAGAAAAAUGGUUCGACGCGGUAUGGAGAUGCUGGUUGGCGGUGUACCGAUCAACGCCGACCCCCCGCAAAGAAACGUCGAUCUCUGUUACGAUAGAUUGGCAGCUGACUGGGCCACUUCUAUAAGUUUAAAUACCCGAGAAUUUGGGCCUCUUUUACAUGGUGCCAGCAUCCCAAAAGUAUCGUUGAAGGAACGAGGCUUGUUUUGCGAGUACUUUUGCCAUGCCGCCAUGAAAUGGGAUGUCUGUCCGACAGAUUUACAGUCCAUUAUCGAUUCGCAUUCAAAGCAAAUUUCAGGCUUUGAGGUAAGUGCCUGGAAAAAGACCUCCGCACACCUUCCUGGAGGCAAGGACUUGGACAAAUUAGCUGAAAGUAUUAGCAAGGAUAUAUUGUCAAGGUUACACGAAGACAGCGACACUAGUGAUUCUAUGAUCACAAAAGAUACUCGACACGACGGCAAAAGCUCCGGCGACGGAAUUCCACGAAUAGCUGCAAAGCUUGAUUUACACGCUAAGGAUUCAAGAAAGCAAAGGUCGAGGAGGUCAAAAUCGAAAGCAUAUGCUCAGUCUAAAGCAAAGGGAUUUGGAAAGGAUAAAAAUGGCGCGAGGAGAUCAAAAAAGGAAUUUGUGGACACCGAUGCUUUGGCCUUGUACAGCAAUGAAUUCAAAAUAAUGGCACAGCCUAUUGGUAUCUCGAAGUCCGAUCUGGAAAGCGGCGGACAAGGCACUCAGGUUUUCGAGUCAGUUUUGCGGAAGGCUUUUGAAACCCAUCCAGUGCUCAUUGAGGCAAUUGGAGAGUUCCACGUCGAUAUUUACAACUGUACGAUCGAGGGAACUGGUCCAGAUUCUUCAUUGUAUUCGGUCGAAUUUGGGGUAUUUCCAAAAAAGGUAAUUCACCAAAGCGAGAAGCCGGAAUUACUUCAUAAAAUGAUAGAAGCUCUGCGUUUUAUAUUGGAUACAGACGACUCAGAAGAUACAUUGAACUCUACCUUGGCAAGGAUCGCAAGCGAAGAAUAUCGGUGGUCUCCCAGUAUUAGGGAGCGUGUUGCUCUGCAGUUUAAUGAUCAAAACGCACCCAACCAAAGGCUUCUCUAUACUGUCAAUGCUGGGGUACUAGAGUUUGAAAUUGGAGUUUCCCGCGCAGAGCUGGAAUCAGGAGGUGAUGGUGGCGAAAUUUUUCAAUCCGUGUUAGAGAAGGCCAUCGGUGGAGCUAUGCGGAACUCUCUGGCUGGUUUUCACUUUUCUAUUACACAUUUCACGCUUGAUGAUCACGACGAUGGAACAUCGUUAGUUUCUGCUGAUGUACAAAUGGAGACUUCUGAGCCGAUUGCCCGAUCUGAAAAUCGUUUGAUCGAAAAAAAUCUUCGGGCGGCUUUGGCUCAAGCUUUUGAAAAUGGUAGUAUCAUUUUGAAUUUGGCCGCAGAAGCGAAGAAAGAAGAAAGAUGGCCUAAGGAAGUACGAGAUCGAGUUGUCGAAGAAUGUCUAUUUGAAGACGAUGAUGGAGACGAACCUGUAUCGGGUCUCGGGCCCGUUUCCUAUCCUUUUGGAGCUACACGGGUUUUGUUGACAGAAGACAACGACGAAAUCGGAGAUACCUUCGAAGUCGAUAAGAAUGAUUACUCUCAGAACGAUUUAUUCUUGGGUGGAGGCAACGACGGUGUCUUCUUUGACUACUCGGAAGAAAAUGCGUUCCGGGCUCCUUUCCGAGGACAGCUUGGCUUGCGGCUGGUCGAUGCGGUCACGGAACGUGCCAAGCAGCGGCAGCCCCGCGUAAUCGCGAUAGGUGAUGUCCAUGGAUGCAUCGAUGAGCUACAAGACUUGCUACGUCAGUGCGACUAUCGACCAGGCGAUCUGGUCGUUUUUCUUGGCGAUCUAGUAUGCAAGGGUCCUGACAGUAUUUCGGUCGUUCAAAUGGCCCGUGAAAUCGGGGCUUUUGGUGUAAGGGGUAAUCACGACUUUGAAGUAAUUCGGUGGCACCAAGCUAUCAAGUCCGGAGUAGACCCUCCGGUAGUAGGCUCAGAGCAUUUUCACAUUGCGUCUUGUUUGAGCAAGGCCGACAUGAAAUGGAUGAACAGUCUCCCUUGGUACUUGUCUAGCAAAGAACUUGGGUCGCUUUUUGUGCACGCCGGCUUUGUUUCUGGGAUCAGGCUUGCAAAGCAAAACCCUCGCCUGAUGAUGAACAUGCGCAGCAUUCUUCCUGACGGUACGGUUACAUCAAAGUUCUUCAACAACUGGCCCUGGGCACGUCUCUGGGACGGUCCGCAAACGGUUUUAUUCGGCCACGACGCCGACCGGGGCUUACAGCAAUACGAGCACGCUAUUGGACUCGACACUGGCUGCGUGUACGGUGGACGAUUGACCGCUUGCAUACUUCCCGAAAAGAGGUUAGUCAGUCUCCUUAUUAACAGCAAAAGAUAUUGUGACAGCAAGCAAAGCUGUCAAAAAACGUACUGUAUGAGUUCGGUUCCCGGUCACAGCUCCAGUCGAGUCCGUGAUCAGGAUUCGAUCUCCAUAACCGAGAACAUUUCACUACUGACCGUUUUCUCUGUCGGUGAGAUUCUGACGUACGGUGCCAGACACACGCACGUUGCCGAAGCACUCUCGAAUUCUUUUUUUGCUGGCGUGACGAUUCGCGAAUCUUGCUAUCGAUUCUGUAGAUUCCUACGGAAGCAGAAUUUCCAAAACAAGCGCGAAGGCAUCAAAUUUUGA